AGCCCUCUGGACAGCCCCAGGAACUUCUCCCCCAACACAGCAGCACACUUCUCUUUUGUCCCAGCACGCAGUCACGGACACAGGGCUGACAGGUCUGAUGGCAGGCGCUGGUCUCUGGCCUCCCUGCCCUCGUCUGGCUAUGGCACCAACACACCCAGCUCCACUGUCUCGUCGUCCUGUUCAUCCCAGGAGAAGCUGCACCAGCUGCCCUUCCAGCCCACAGCGGACGAGCUGCACUUCCUCACCAAGCACUUCAGCUCCGAGAGCGUCACGGACGAGGACGGGCGCCACUCCCCCCGCCAUGCGGCCGCGCUCCCGCAGCCUCAGCCCUGGACGCUCUCCUAUAUCUUUUGAUCAUGAGAUCGUCAUGAUGAACCAUGUCUACAAGGAGCGCUUCCCCAAGGCCACAGCGCAGAUGGAGGAGCGUCUGUCUGACUUCCUGUCUGCGGCGGCCCCUGACACGGUGACCCCCCUGGGGGACGGUGUGCUGAGUUUCAUCCACCACCAGCUGAUGGAGCUCUCCAGGGACUGUCUGGACAAGUCCCACCAUGGACUCAUCACCUCCCGAUACUUCUACGAGCUCCAGGAGAACCUGGAGAAGCUGCUGCAGGAUGCUCAUGAGAGGUCAGAGAGUGUGGAGGUGACCUUCGUCACCCAGCUGGUGAAGAAGCUGAUGAUCGUCAUCGCCCGACCUGCUCGCCUCCUGGAGUGUCUGGAGUUUGACCCAGAGGAGUUCUACCACCUGCUGGAGGCUGCGGAGGGCCACGCUAAGGAGGGCCAGGGCAUCAAGACUGACAUCCCCCGCUACAUCAUCAGCCAGCUGGGCCUGACCAGAGACCCCCUGGAGGAAAUCGCCCAGCUGAGCAGCUAUGACAGUGGCCACCCUGACACGCCGGAGACAGACGACUCUGUUGACAGUCGCGUGGCCCCCCCCGCCCCCCAGACCAAGGCCCCCCGAGAGGAGGACUUUGAGAACAUCAAGCUGAUCAGUAACGGAGCCUACGGGGCCGUGUUCCUGGUGAGACACAAGGAGACGCGGCAGCGUUUUGCCAUGAAGAAGAUCAACAAGCAGAACCUGAUCCUGAGGAACCAGAUCCAGCAGGCCUUCGUGGAGAGAGACAUCCUGACCUUCGCCGAGAACCCCUUCGUGGUCUCCAUGUUCUGCUCCUUCGAGACACGCAGGCACCUCUGCAUGGUCAUGGAAUAUGUGGAAGGCGGUGACUGUGCCACCCUGCUGAAGAACAUCGGGGCCCUCUCGGUGGACAUGGCACGGCUGUACUUUGCAGAGACGGUGUUGGCCCUGGAGUACCUGCACAACUACGGCAUCGUGCACCGGGACCUGAAACCUGACAAUCUUCUCAUCACGUCCAUGGGUCACAUCAAGCUGACAGACUUCGGUCUGUCCAAGAUAGGUCUGAUGAGCCUGACCACGAACCUUUAUGAGGGCCACAUUGAGAAGGACACCAGGGAGUUCCGAGACAAACAGGUGUGUGGGACUCCAGAGUACAUCGCCCCGGAGGUGAUCCUGAGGCAGGGCUAUGGGAAGCCGGUGGACUGGUGGGCCAUGGGGGUCAUCCUGUACGAGUUCCUGGUGGGCUGCGCCCCCUUCUUCGGAGACACAACCGAGGAGCUGUUCGGACAGGUCAUCAGUGAUGACAUCAUCUGGCCGGAGGAGGAAGAGGCUCUCCCCAUGGAAGCCCAGGAUCUGAUCUCCAAGCUGCUGAGACAGAACCCCCUGGAGAGACUGGGAACAGGGAGUGCGUUUGAGGUGAAGCAGCAUGGUUUCUUCACAGACCUGGACUGGAACUCUCUGCUGAGGCAGAAAGCAGAGUUCAUCCCUCAGCUGGAGUCUGAAGACGACACCAGCUACUUCGACACCCGCUCAGACAGGUACCACCAUGUGGACUCUGAAGAUGAGGACGACACUAAUGAUGAUGAACACAUGGAGAUCAGACAGUUCUCCUCCUGCUCGCCCCGAUUCAGCAAGGUGUACAGCAGCAUGGAGCGUCUGUCUCUCCACGAGGAGAAGAGGACCCCCCCGCCCACCAAGCGCAGCCUGAGUGAGGAGGGGGGCGAGCGCAUUGACAGCCUGAGCAGCCUCAAGGCCCGGGACCGCUCUUGGCUGGUGGGCUCCCCCGAGAUCCUGCGUAAGCGCCUCUCCGUGUCCGAGUCGUCCCACACAGAGAGCGACUCCAGCCCCCCCCUGACGGUGAGGCGGCGCUGCUGUUCCGCCAUCAUCGAGAUGCCUCGCUUCGCCAUCUCCUCCGAGGAGGAAGGGGGCCCCGGGGCCAGGAAGGGCUCCGUCAGGGGGCCCCGCUCCGAGGACCUGCCCCUGUCCAUCCCAGAGCUGCCCCUGGAGAGAGAGCUGAAGCUGGAGCAGUCUCCCACCCCCGGGUCCUCCUCCGCCCAGCUCAGCAGAACCACUCUCACACCUGGUAGUUCUGGGGACGUGUGGGACCGUGCGGGCUCGGGGCAGGACGAGGUCUCUUCCACCCCCCGGGCCAUCAGUGACCUGGCCGCUCGACGCGCUCGCCACCGCCUGCUGUCGGGCGACACCGACAAACACCCGCCCUCAAGACCCCUCAACAAGGUCAUCAAGUCAGCCUCCGCCACAACCCUCUCCCUCAUGAUCCCCGCUGACCACCACGGAGCCUCCCCAUUGGCCAGCCCCAUGUCUCCCCACUCCCUCUCCUCCAAUCCCUCGUCGCGUGACUCGUCCCCCAGCAGGGACUUGUCCCCGGCCGUGACCAAGCCCAUCACCAUCCAUCGGGCGGGCAAGAAGUACGGCUUCACCCUCAGAGCCAUCAGAGUGUACAUGGGAGACAGUGACAUCUACUCUGUGUACCACAUGGUCUGGCACCUAGAGGAGGGGGGUCCAGCACAUGAGGCGGGGCUGAGAGAAGGUGACCUCAUCACUCAUGUCAACGGAGAACCAGUCCACGGCCUGGUCCACACUGAGGUGGUGGAGCUCAUCCUCAAGAGUGGAGGCAAGGUGUCUAUCUCUGCCACGCCUUUUGAGAACACGUCCAUCAAGGUGGGUCCAGCACGCAAGACCAGCUCCAAAUCCAAGAUGGCGCGCCGCAACAAGAAGACUAAGACCAAAGAGGGACAGGACAGCAGCAAGAAGAGGAACUCCUUGUUCAGGAAGAUCACCAAGCAGGCGUCUCUGCUGCACACCAGUCGCAGCCUCUCCUCCCUCAACCGCUCUCUCUCCUCGGGGGAGAGCGGGCCUGGCUCGCCCACUCACAACCUGUCCCCUCGCUCCCCUACACAGAGCUACCGCUGCACCCCCGAGUCAGCACACUCCGUGGGGGGGAACUCGUCCCAGAGCAGUUCCCCCAGCUCCAGUGUCCCCAACUCCCCUGCCAGCUCUGGGCACAUCCGGCCCAGCUCCCUGCACGGCCUGGCCCCCAAGCUGCAGCGCCAGUACCGCUCCCCGCGCCGCAAGUCCGCCGGAAACAUCCCCCUCUCCCCCCUGGCCCGCACGCCCUCCCCCACCCCCCAGUCCACCUCCCCCCAGCGCUCGCCCUCCCCCCUCCCUGGCCACGCCCAGGCCUUCCCGGUCAAGCUGCACUCCUCCCCCCCCCUGGUCCGACAGAUCUCCCGGCCCAAGAGCGUGGAGCCGCCCCGCUCUCCCCUCCUCAAGCGGGUGCAGUCGGCCGAGAAGCUGGCCUCCUCCCUCUCCUCGUCCUCCUCCUCGCCCUCGCCGUCGGCCUCGGCGGGCGACAAGAAGCUCCCCGCGACGCCGGCGGGGCGUAAGCACAGCCUGGACGUGUCCCACGCCGAGUUCAAGAAGGAGAUGCUGCAGAGAGACCCCAGCCUGCAGAGCCUGCAGGAGUGUGCCGGCGAGGGCCUGGCCCUGGGGGGCCGCGGGGCUCUCGUGGAGAAGGGCAGCCUCCACAAACACCCCUCCUCCUCCUCCUCCCGCAAGCUGGGCCAUCAGGAGGGCGAGGGCCCCCCAGUGGCCGGGUCCCUGGGCCUGGCCCCCGGGAAGAGCAAGCUGAAGGACAAGCUGUCGGCCAUCAGGCAGGACCGCGCCGACCGCAGGGAGUCUCUCCAGAAGCAGGACGCCAUCCACGAGGUGGACUCGUCCGAGGACGAGACGGACGAGGGCUCCGAGGACAGCCAGGACGGACGCCGGGGGGCGGUCUUCGCCCCUCCGCUGCUCCGCCCCACCGGCGUCAUGGCGACCGGCCCCCGCAUGGGUCCCGGGGGCACCCUGCCCUCCCUCUGCCUCUCCCCGUCCCCCGCCCUCUCCACCGCGCUCACACACCCCUCCUGCCCGCAGCCCAGCAGAGCCACGCCCACCCCGCCCUCCACGGGGGGCAAACUCCUCGAGCCCAAACCCACCCAGAGCGCCCCUUCCCUGGGAGGGCGAGACGGCAGCUCCGACGACCCUGGAAGACGUGAGGGGAAGACUGCCGACCUGCUUGCCAGGCCCAAGCCCUCCCAGACCCCCCCGAGUAGCACCUUUGCCACGCCCGGCAGCGCCUUCAUCUCCGUGGCCAAGGAGCCCCUGAGGCCGGCCUCUCCGCAGGACAGGCGGGGUCCCCGGGGGGCGUGGGCGGAGGAGAGCCCCACGGCGGGACCCUCCGACAGCAGCGAGGCCCACACCCCCUCCUCCUCCGCAGGCAUCACCAAGGAGAAGAAGGAGGCGGACAACCGGAGACAAGCAGCCGCCGCUGCCGCCGCCACGUCCUCCUCCCCCAGCCCCGCCCCCGAGAGCGGAGCAGUCCAGGCGGACUCCCAGCUCUCCACCGUCACCAAGAGCGUCCUGGGCCCCGUCAAGCUCAGCUCCCAGGUCUCACCCGCCUCCCCCCUCGCCGCCCCCGCCUCCUUCCCCUUUAAAGUCCCCCAGCUCCCGCCCCCGCCCCGCCCGACAGACUCUCCCACCAGGCUGAAGGCUGAGCCGGCCCCCUCCCCCCCUCCAAGGAGAUCCUCAAUUCCCAAAGCCGCGGAGGGGGCAGGGGAGACUGCCAGCGCCUCCUCCCCUGCCCCACUGAGGCCGGGGAUAGCCCCACAGCCUUCGAGCACCGCCCCGGCCUCCAAUAAGAGGCCAGAGGCCCAGAAAGCCUCGACCGCCACGAUGGCCUCUCCACUGGACAAAACCAGCAAGAAAACGUAGCAGCAGAAAAGGAAGAACAGAAACAAAUUCAGAUAAGCACUCAUCACCGCAGAAGCUGACUGGCCCGCUAGCUUGAGAUUUCAAUUCACAAACCGCAUGUUUGAAAGAAAUGGCAUACUAUAGACUUUACAACACGCUCAUGUGGAGAGGAUAGCUGCGAGAGGAGGAGAAGAGAAUCUCAAAGGAGAAGAGGGGAAGAGUGAUGGUGUCUGUUGUGGGGUGUUCUGGGGGCCCUGUGUUCGGGGGGCCCUGUGUUCGGGGGGCCCAGGGGCCCAGACAGGGGUCCUAUCCUGUUCAUGCUGUUUUGGUUCCCAGUUCAGACUCGUGUUUUUGUGAGGUCGGCUUUUCUCUCUUCAAAGAAAUGGGGGCUAGAAAUAAACAGCUUGAGGCCGUUGGUCCACCGCUCAGCACGUUGAUCCAAGCACACACACUCCCACACACACACACUCACUCACACUCACUCACACACACACACACUUCCACACACACACAUUUCACAGUGUACUACCUAAUUCCAAUACAGCUUGCAGUUAGCAUGGACUCGCGUGCCCAAAGCCAACAGAUCAGGUUAUGCCCUUCAAACUGCACCCCUGCCCUCUCCCCAGGCCCCUGUCUGCUCCUCUACCCAGCCCUCUCCUCUCCCUGCCUGCAUGUCUACCCAGCCCGGUCUGGAACAAGGAUGUAUCUCAGCAAUAAAGAGUAGCGUAUGCUUAGCAAUCAGUAUAAAUACAUAAUAUGCUCUUAACGUCACUAUCUGCAUCAUUGUUGUUCACUCAUUCAGCACUUAGCGAGCCAGAUGACCUUGUGGGAGGGUAUCCUCUUGGCCUACUGCGCAGCUCUCAGCCCUACCCGCUGAGCUGGACCCCCCCCCCAAACAAGGCCGUUCUGUGUUACCGUGCUUGUGGGGAUUUGCAUGCUAGUUCGUUAGCGUGCUUGUGGGGAUUUGCAUGCUAGUUCGUUAGCGUGCUUGUGGGGAUUUGCAUGCUAGUUCGUUAGUGUGUUUGUUAGCAUUAGCGUUAGCUUCAUGGUCCUUCAUCCCCAUCUGCUAUCUGUGGUUGUAUGCUAGACAAAGCUAAAUGUACAUCUAAACAUCUAAGCAUGUGUUGUGAUGGUUAGGACGAUAGCCUAGCCUAGCCUAGCUGGACUGCUCCUUCACAGCAUGCUAGUGUCACCAGAUAUCGAACCCCCUCUUCGAGGGCUUUGUUUAUAGAAAUUAUUAAAGUAGGAGGUUGUUUUGGAUGGUUUGCAUUGUAGUCCGUUGCAGUGAACUGUGAAUAUACACACACAGUAACACAGACAGCUGGAUGGAGUGAAGGAUAGUUUGGGAAAUAGUUAGGUUCUGUGUCUUUCUGAGGACAUUUUAUGUGGUUUACUUACACCCCAUUGGCUGGGCCUUCCCCCCCCCCCCCUAAAACUAAAUUACCCAGACUCCUCUCCUGCCUGAAUAGUGAUCCUCCGGUUCAUUUCAGGCAAGGCCGAGAGAGCAAGUCAGACAUGCUGACGUCGCCUGAUCUUAUGGACAACUGUCUUUUAUUUCUAGCCCCUGUCCUUUUUUUAGUAGCCACCGAAGGUUUGCUGUUCUUUUAAAUCGUUUAAUUUUAUUUGUGUUGUUUUUUUCUUUUUCUAUCUGGACCAACUUGCUGUGUUCUGUGAUUGCCUCUUAUACUGUAAAGUGAGCAGACUUUGCUUUCUUUUCUGUACAUGCGUGCGAGAGUGUGUGUGCGUGUUCCGUUGUGUGUAGUCGUCAUUGUGUGUAUAUAUGAAUAUUUAAAGCUCUGUUCCAUGUCUGUGUUCUACCCUGCACUGGUGGGAGUGUGUGUGUUAGGGUAGGCCCUGUUCAAAGCCCUCGCCACAUGUCCCAGAGUCCUAUUGGUCGGGCUUGUGGGCCCAUGUGCAAGGGGGCGGGUUUUGCACAAACCUUUUAUCUGUGUUGUCGAAUGAUGAGCCAAUGAGAUCCCUGGCUUUUAGGCAGUCGUGGUGCCUCGGACCAAUGACUGAUCUGACCACUAUGAUCCUCCUGUUCUGUUCCAGCGUUUAUUGUUCCGCUGAGGGAGAACCCUGUGUGGCUGCGGGUUCUGCAGCGUGGAACCAGGUUUCUCCUUCAUGAGUUUGGGGUGCCUUCUGUCAGUGUGUCUGUGGCCAUGGCCCUGCUAUGUUUACACCAGUCUAGGUCUAACAGACAACGUAGUCAGCUGACCAGGGGUGGGGGCGGGGGG